GUUAUCUGUCAGCAAUAUAUUUAUAUCCCGUUCUAUUCAAGUCUGUUCCACCACCAAUCACGAAAACAUUCAGUAAAUUUAACCAAUCAAAAUCUCAACAUCUUAGCAAGGGUUGACAUUCCUCUAAUCAAUUUAUUAUAUAGUAUCUACAAAGGUAAAUCAUGUCAGGAAAUGAUCCUGUCUACCAACCUACGGGAGGUGCAACUUCAGGAAUUUCAAAUGAAGCCACUACAAUGUUACAGACAUUUUGGCCCCAUAGUUUAGAAGGGAUCAAAAAGAUGACACAGAAUGAAUUCAAAAGUCAAGAACUUCCUCUGGCAAGGAUAAAGAAAAUAAUGAAACUUGAUGAAGAUGUUAAAAUGAUCAGUGCUGAAGCACCCGUCCUCUUUGCUAAGGCUGCAGAAAUAUUCAUCAGUGAACUUUCUUUGAGAGCAUGGAUACACACAGAAGAUAACAAACGGAGGACAUUACAACGAAAUGAUAUUGCAAUGGCUAUUACCAAAUUUGACCAGUUUGAUUUCCUGAUUGACAUUGUUCCCCGAGAUGAACUGAAACCACCAAAACGGCAGGAAGAUGAAGCAGCAAGGAGUACUUCGAUGUUACCAGAUCAAAUUCAGUAUUACUUCCAACUGGCCCAACAAAACCAGCAGCAACAACAACAGCAGCAGCAGCAGCAGCAACAACAGCAACAACAACCACAACAAACAACCCAACAACAGCAGCAAUCUCCACAAGUGCAGCAGCAACAAUCCCAGUCACAACAAGUGCAGCAGCAACAACAGCAGCAGCAGCAGCAACAACAACAGCAGCAACAGCAACAACAACAACAGCAGCAACAGCAGCAGCAGCAGCAACAACAGCAGCAAGUGCAGCAACAAACACAGCAGUUGCAACCACAACCUGCUACCACACCUGCUCCACAAGUGCAGGUAGCUCAAGCACAACAGGCUGCUCAACAGACUGCCCAAAUACAGCUUUCAGGAGAUGGUUUCCCAGUUGUACUUAGUCAAGGAGGACAUAUCAUUCAGCCUCCUUUCCAAAUACAAGUUGCUCAGUCAGGUAACCUUGGAAAUAACAACACACAUGGGUAUGAAUUUGUAGCGUUACCCAACUCCAGCAUCAUUCAAAUUCCCACAUCACCAGUUCAACAGACAGCGGUUGUCAGCCAACCUCCUCCUGCACCACCCACACCAACCCCCACACAGACCACAGUUACACAAGCCAUCACUCAACAAGCUGUUUCCCAUCAAGUGCAAGAGGUGACACAACAGGCUCAACAGCAACAACAACAAAUACAGACAGCUCAGGUGAUACAGCAGGUCGUUACACCUUCAGGCGAGAUUCAGAGUUUACCGAUCCAGUUAACUGCUGCACAGUUGCAGGCUUUUCAGAUGCAGUUGCAAGGUAAACAACCAAAUCAACCAAUCAUAAUCCAGGCAGCUCAGCAGAAUGAGCAGACAGUCAUUGGAGCUGCACAACAACAAUUUACCGCAUCCCAGCCAAUUUAUCAAAUUCAGCAAGUUCAGGUGGCACCAUCAAACAUCUUCAUACAGCAGCAAGGCCAUGUGUCAGCAGAUGGAGAACAAGAGGCAGCAGAAGCUUCUUAGUGUCUCAAAAUAUAUGUGUGCAGGUGUGUAUGUGUGAGUGUGUGUGAUUAUAUGUAUAUAUAAGAAUAUUUACACAUAUACAUACAUAUUACAUUCAUAUAAGUACACACACAUAUAUAUUUAUAAAUAUAUACGAAUGAAUGUUUGUAUAUACAUUUGUAUGUGUGUUUGUGUGUGUGUGUGUGUGUGUGUGCAUAUAUAUAUAUAUAUAUAUAUAUAUAUAUAUAAACAAGCUCCUUAAUUUUAGAAGGGCUUUCUAUCCAUAUCCCUUUUCUUCUUGCACUUACAAGACUUUUGCAUAUAUUUGGAAUUUAAGCUCUUUCUCUAGCAGUAUUUUUAAAUGUGUGCACUUUGUGCAUUACAUAUAAUAAUGUCUGAAUUAAGGUUUCUAUUGUACUUGAGCCGUAUGGGUCAAGUAAAAAAAAAGUGUGUGUGUGCGUGCUUUGGUGUGUAUAUGCAUAUAUAUAUAUACAUAUAUAUAUAUACACACACAUUUGUAUGUAUGUUAAAGCAUUGAAAAAAACGAUCUAAGAAAAAUGACUUCGAGGGAUUUGGUGAAGGAACUUGGACAAGGACAAUGAAACAUGUACAAGAUAAAUUCUUCAUUUGUUAAAGUUAUCUUCCCUUCAAGAAAACGGUCAAACAAGCAUCUAACAAUUGCUACCAACUGAAUAAGGAAGGGAGAUAAUGUCAAGCGAUUAACAAUUCUCCGGAAUUAACAUGCCAUUCAGAAAAUGACUGUUUUUUGGGGGGUUUUUUUUUUUUGGUUUUUCUGGAGACAUGAGGACAGCUGUGAACAUGUGGUUCUGUCUCAAUGACUGUCAUUGCUCAUAACUUACAGGAUGUUUCAUCCAAAACUCUGACGAUUCUAAAAGCAACUUUACUUUUCUGUAGAUGAAACAACUUGCAAGUUGUAAGUAAACAUUGAAAUAUAAAAAUCACACACUUUGCCUUCAGACGUGUUGGGUACUUUUUUGGUUUUCCAGACACCUUAGUCUAUGACUAAAGAUACCUAUGAGUAUAUAUGUGUGUGUGUGUGUGUGUGUGUGUCUUUGCCCCCCAUCACCACUGGAUAACUGGUGUUGGUGUGUUUAAGUCCCUGUAACUUAGCGGCUGAUUGAACAAGUACCACAUAUUAAAAGAAAAUAAGUACUGUGGUCGAUUCAUUUAACUAAAGAUUAUUUAAGACAGUGUCCCACCAUGGCUGCAGUCUUGUGAUUGGAACAAGUAAAAGAUGAGAGCAAAGACUUCCAGUAUAUCCGUACAAGACACCGAAAACAACUAAGCAACUGCCAACGUAAAUGUAAUAGUAAACUUUUAAUUGUGUGCUUCCAUUACAUUUCUGCGGGGGACUAGUAAUUUUAAUUCUAACUAAAAUGGGAUCCUCUACUAGAAAUAGCAGCCAAAUAUAUCAUAUUCAGCCAUCUUAAAAGAGAAGAAUACCUUGGAUGGUGUGGUCAGACACACCAUGUCAGAAGGAAAAAGAGAAACUGGAUGGUCAUAGUUGGAAUGCCUUUGAUCAUAGGUUUGCUCCAUCAGUGCUGAUCUGUGACUAAACAAAAAGUAGAUCCAGCAAUUUGAUAUUUCUGAUAGAGACAUCCCUCCUCACUCAACUACAAAUAGACUAGAAGUCUCAAUCUUCCCAGCAUCCUCAGCAAUGACUAUCAACCAAUGAAAACCAGGAAGGAUAGAGUGACUAUUCCAUUGCUGUAUGCAACCUGUUCAUAUUUGUUAUCACCUGAAUGAUUGCAUAAAUGCGAGCAUGCAAGAAACUCGGAGUAGUUAUGGAGUGGAUCAUUAGUUUAAAAAAUGAAUAAAUAUAUGUUUUUAUAUAUUAAUGAAUGUGUGUGUGCAUGCAUAUGUAUAGAUAUAUAUGUAUUUACACUCUUUCUCUUAAUUUUUAGUUUACUUUUGACUGGCCACCUUGCUGGUGGCAAGAUUGUAAAGAAAAAGAAAUUGCUAUUGUCUCUUUUGUAAGUGUUUAUCAUUUGAAUCAUAAGAACAUUUUACAUAUUUUAAAGGUUUCAGAUAUUGCAGCCACUUGUAGCUUAUGAAUUAAGGGGCUAAGUACUUUCUCUACAAAUCCAAAUUCAGUUAUAUUUUGGCCCAGGUAGUUUGGUAUAUAAUGUGUAGCUCCAAAAAUAAUGGCUAAGAAGCUGAACAUGUAUCUUAGAUAUUGGAUCUGCAAACUUCUCAUCAAUGUUCUGCAGUUAUUUUCCUUCUCUUGCAUUUUUCUUAUCACAUUCACAUCAAAUAGGCAGCUGAUUUCUAUGACUGAGCAUGCUUUUAAUGUGUGGUCCCAAACAACAAUAUUCGGCUGGUUGUGUUUUAAUUUGGCAUCAGUUUAUAUUCUUAGGUUCCGUCUGUAUGCCUUUGAGUCAUCAGUCUCAUCAUAUUCCUUUCUAUUUAAUUUUAAUUUUGUCUUCUGCAGUGCAUUCCAUAUUGUUCUAGCUAACACAUCGUGUCUCAUGGGGCGGUAGCAAGGAGAAGACAUUCUUAUACAGUUGGCAAUAAUAUGGCUAAACAUCUUCAAUCUUCAUUUCGCACAGCCUACAUUUAUUGUCAGCUAAUAUCCUUCCUCUUUGUGCAGUGGAUACUUGUUUCUGAAUUGCAGGUGGAAUGUUAUGAACUGGUUAAAACUCCAUGUCUGGUUUUUAGUAUGGGUUAUUCCUCCCAUGGUUUGUGUUUAUUGUCUGAAGUACAUCCUUCUCAGUGAAUUGGUUCCCACCACCUUGUUUUUUGUUCAAACAUUCAGUAGAAUCUUUCAUUGUUCCUGGGAGAAAAAUUUGUAUCAGGUUUUAUUUCAUGUCUCUCUUCUAGAUCAGUGCCUAUCUUGACAAUAUUAUUUUCAUAUUCAUGCAUGCAUGUAUGUAUGUUCUCUUUUCAGUCUAUUGUUAAUUUUGAUCAACCGUAACACAUAAAGCUGUUCUCUCAAUAGAAAAUGUUUAUCAAAUGUGUUGGUACCUAGAACUGAUUUAAAAAGAAAGGCGAUAUUGAAAUGAUAGUCGAUAAGGUAUGGAAAUUGAAAUGGUGACAGAAAACACCAUCAAAACCUGUGGAAUGGGGCGAAUGGGAGCAGCUAGCUUGAUACUAACGUUUUGGUGCUGAAGGCAGACAAAAGUGUGUAUGCAGAUUUAUACACACACAUACAUACGUACAUACAUACUGAACAUUAAAAUAUUACACAAAGAAAAAUAUAUGUAUUCACAAAGUGUGCAUGAGGGAGAGAAUAGGGUUGGAGAGACGCAUUGACAUGUAUUGAAAAGAACCUGAUUGACGCAAGCAUAUUCCUUCUCCUCAAAUGUAGAUACACAAAAACUAUAAGAGAGAGUGAGAGAAAAACAUUAACAUGUAUUGAAAAUGAAUGGUUGAAAUG